AUGCGUGCACUGCUGCACCGGGAGAAGAAACGAGACGCGGUCGGACCCGCCACCAUGUUCAGCUGUGUGGGAUGCUUCUGGUUGCUGCUGUCCGCCGCGCUGGUCGCGCUGUGCAGCUUCAGCUUCAUCUCUCCAGCCUGGAUCGUGAAAGAGCAGCAGCAGCAUCAGCACCAUCAGCACCAACACCAGACCCUGCAGCAUCAAUCGAUGAGUGGUCACUCGGUCAGUUUCGGGCUGCUCUGGCACUGCUCUGAGUCUCCGGACCACUUGUACACCUGCUACACCUUCAACGGCAUUGGCAGGUUCUCCGAGAUCCCAUCCAGCUCCUGGCAGACGAGUGCUGUGCUCUGCUCCGGAGGGUGCGCCCUGCUUGCUGUCAGCUCCCUGCUGGCCAUUGUUACCAUCUUCCUGCCCGGUGGACCCUGCGAGAGAAAGAUCUGCACACUGGCUGGGUACAUGCAGAUGGCCUCAGUGUUCAUCAUGGCUUCCGGUUUGCUGGUCUACCCCUUCGGUCUGAACUCCAAUCUGGUCAAGUCCUUCUGCGGAGACUCGGAUAUCUACCGCGCCGGCGAGUGCCAGAUAGGCUGGGGCUACAUGCUGGCCAUUGUGGGCGUCAUGCUCACCCUGUUUCUGCCCUUCUUUGCCAAGUACGCCCCAAAAGAGCAGCUUUUGCCAACACCCCUGCCUACGCUUUUAUAAACUAUCCAUCGUGUGCGUCGUAUCUGCUGAGCUGUUAAUAUUUCCUGCCAUAUUUUUUAACGUUGGGUGACAAUAAUGGUGUUGCCAGUU